AUGUUUCCACUUCGCAACAUUUCUUUUACACAUUGGCAUGGACAUCUGAUGGAUAUGUUUGGUGAAAUCGAAUAUGACAAAAUCGGAUAUUCACAAACUAAAAGUCUGAUAUUGGUACAACUAUUGUCGUUGUUAUUUCUCAUUUGUAACAAUCGUUGCAACUUUUAUACCACCGCAAUACCACAGCGUGCAAAUGAGCCUUGGUCAGUGAUUUUAUGUAAAUUUGCUGAUACAGCAGAAUAUGAGCCGCAAACACGUGAAUGGUAUCAGAAAUGGAUGACUGGUCCCAGUGAAGAUACAAUUGCAAAAUAUUUUAUGAAUGUAUCAAAUGGAAUUUAUACUAUAAAAGGUACAAAAGUAUUUGGAUGGUUUACACUUCCAUGGACAGUAAAACAAGUGAAAUUAAUGGCUUUAAUGGAUAGAACUCUUUGGAAUAAUGAUAAUAUCAGUUUAGUUUUUUUUAUUAAAGCCAAGCAAUUGUGUAUUAAAUUGGCCGCAGAAAAGGUAAAUCUGAAUAAGAGAAAGAUAACGAUACUGAACACAGAACAUGGAGCAAUGUAUGGAAAGGAAGAUGGUGUCCUAAUCACACCACAAUUAUCAUUCAACUCUGUUCUUACCCAUGAAAUGGUUCACAGUUUUUAUAUCGGACAUUCCUACAGCGAUCGUCAAAUUAUCAUCUUUCCAUUUGCCCAUAUGGGUGAAUAUGGUGAUCGUUAUGAUUUAAUGAGUACAGCAAAUGCAUGGAUGUAUAUGUCACAAUAUGGCCUUAGUGGACCAGGUCUAAAUGGACCACAUCUUGAUUAUCUCGGUUGGUUGCCCAGUAAUCGGAUCCUUUAUUUUGGAAGAGAUGGCAAAAGUAACUCAAUUGUACGACUAUCCUCAUUAAGUAUUCCUCAUUCAUGGUCCAAUGAUUGGCUUCUGAUAAUGAUACCAUAUGACAAAAACAAUCCUGCAAAUGUCUUCACUUUGGAAUUUCGUACACCAGUUAAUUAUGAUUCUGGUAUCGCACAGGAAGCGAUUGUAAUACAUAAAGUUAAUCGAAGAGGAACAAAUUAUUAUUCAACUAUAGUUACACAUAGCCAAGAUUAUGAUGAGAUGAUAGCCGGUACCGAAUGGAUACAUUUCCUUGAACAGGACAAUCCUAAAAUUUACCAAACCAUCAAAAUACGUGUGGAAAGAAUUGACAAACAACGGCAUAUAGCUAUUUUACAAAUUAACUCAACAUUUAAUCCAAUAUCAUGCAGGCAUUUAAUAAAUGAUACGAAUGAAAUGAAUUAUAAUCGUACUUUAAUUGAAACAUAUACGAAAGAAUCUACUAAAAUUUUACGAUGUGAACGAAAGAAAUUUUUCAAAAAUUUAGCAACUUUUGGUAUGAAUGCUUGCCAUAAUGGAUAUGUUUGGAGAAUGAUUGAUCCAUAUGAUUAUGCUUGUGUUACAAAAAAAAGGCAACAGCAAAUUCAGAAUCAGAGAAAUAUCAGGAAUCGUCGUGGUAACUGUCGUAAGCCAUUAAUGUUACGAAAAGCUUUCCCAACUGAUAAUGCUUGCGUAACACAGGAAGAAUUCGCUAUAACACAACAGGAAAAUGCAGAAUCAUAUAAAAAUAUGAAAUAUUAUUCAUUUAUCAGCGGAGAAGAAACCAUUCAGCCGUGA